AUGAAGUUGUUAGGCGAGGUGAGAUUUAUCUUGGGUAUGGAGAUUGAUCACGACAAGAACGUUAAAACGCUCAUGAUCAAGCAAACCCGAUAUAUUGAUGACGUGGUUAAGCGAUUUAAUGAGCAGAACGCAACAUCGGUUGAGUACCCUUGCGCUUUCGACAUAAAGCUGUCGAAAUUGUUGUUUCCAGCUACAAAGGAAGAACGUGCCAAGAUGAAGUCACGACCCUGUCACGCUUUCUUGAGAACCCUGGAGCGCAACAUUGGAAAGCGGAUAUUUGCGUUCUUCGAUACUUGGAGUCGACGUGAGCACGGCAUUAUGUACCACGGAGGCUCGAGAACGGUUACUGCCGAGGCGUUCACGGAAGCGGACUGGGAAAGUUACACUAAUGACCGACGUUCCGUAUCUGGAGUCAUGGUUAGGUUGGGAAAGCUUCUGUGGUGUUCAAGUUUAAGUACCAGGGAACCGUCGCUCUAA